AUGAAGAGGAUCCAAUCAUCUAGAAUUCUUGCUUUAAGUCCUGCUAUAAUAGCACUGCUAUUUUAGAGUUCCUGGGGACUUGAAAAUAGUGUAGGUAAAACUCCACAAAUGGGUUGGAACACUUGGAAUAAGUUUGCCUGCAGCAUUAAUGAGACUUUGAUAAAGAAGUCAGCUGACUAAAUAGUUGAUUUAGGAUUGGACAAGCUUGGUUACAAGUAUGUGAACAUAGAUGACUGCUGGAAUGCAGUUGAAAGAGACUCUCAGGGAAGAAUGCAAGCUGAUAAUUAAACUUUCCCAAGUGGAAUGAAGGCGGUUGGUGACUAUAUUCACAGCAAAGGUCUUAAGUUUGGAAUUUACUCAUCUGCUGGAAAUUUAACUUGCCAAGGCAGAGCUGGAAGCCUCUAUCAUGAGGAUAUUGACGCAUAGACUUGGGCAGACUGGGGAGUAGAUUACCUAAAAUAUGACAACUGCUUUAAUAACGAUGUUCCCGCUAUUGUCAGAUAUCCAAGCAUGAGAGAUGCUCUUCUCAAGACUGGCAGAGAUAUCUUCUAUUCAAUUUGCAAUUGGGGUUAUGAGGAUACGUAUAAAUGGGGACCUUAAACAGGAAACAGUUGGAGAACCACUAUGGAUAUUAAAGAUGUCUGGGCAUCCAUUCAAUAUAAUUUCAGAUACAACGAUAUUCAUUAUGACAUUGCAAAGCCAGGAGCUUGGAAUGAUCCUGAUAUGUUGGAAGUUGGGAAUGGUGGACUCACCUUAGUUCAAGAGAAAACUCAUUUUGCUCUUUGGGCUGUAGCUAAAUCACCAUUGAUCUUAGGCUGUGAUUUAGAUACUGUAAGCAAAGAAAGUUUUGCAAUAAUAACAAAUCAAGAAAUUAUUGCUAUUAAUCAAGACCCACUCGGUGUUCAGGGCCAUUGCAGAGUUCAUUGCACUUACUACGAUAUAAUUGAGAACAGAGCAUAAGUGUAUGCUGGUCCAUUAGCUAAUGGGGAUGUAGCAGCAGUUAUUGUCAACUGGGCUUACACUAAUCUUGGGGAAUUCACAUUAAACUUUGUAGACGUAGAUAUUCCUGAGAAUACCCCAGUUUUGAUAAGAGAUCUUUGGGCUCAUCAAGAUUUAGGAGUCUUCACAAAUAACUUCACAAUCAGUCAUUUCGAUGGCUAUGAGAGCUUUUCAUACAGACUUACACCCUAGAAAAGCUUUGAACAAGUCUUCCUUUAAUGA